AUGUCACCUCCCGAGAUUGACGACGAAAAGAAGCCCCGGUCUACUGAUGACAGCCGUGGUUCCGCACGCAUCGUAUCAUCAAGGGAGUCAAAACAACCAUUCCCGCCUCUCCCCGCGGAUGAACAUGCUACAACCAUGCACGAUGCGCCGAACAACAGCUACCCAGGGCUGGACGACUCAGACAUGCUUUCGCCUACAACCGAUGAUCUUGUAGAGGAGGAGGAGGAUCCAGACUUCCACUCCAGCUAUUCUCUAGACAAUCAGUCAUUCUCCGACGAGUCAAUGGAAUCCGAUGAAGAAGCUGCUGAAGAUGGCAUCGCCAUGCACCACCCGUUUCGCCAGUCUUCGAGUUCCCUGCACGGGCCCAAUGCUUUCGCUCCUCCGUUCUAUAACAGACCUCCGACCCCGCUACCGCCGUCCCCGUCGUUGACAUCGCUUCUCCGUCCCCCUUUCUCGACUACUACUUCCCGACCGACUACCCCUGAUAGCUCCGAUGUGGAAACACCGAAUGAUACUGAAGCGGCUGUCGCGAAAUCUGCUCGUCGUGCAACCACGGUUCCUCGUGCCAGCCCGAAAGUACCGACGUAUGAGUAUUACGGCUUUGUCUUAUACCUGGCUUCAUCACUGGCCUUCUGUGAGUCGAACCCGAUGCGCUGCAGGAAGAGAUCGCCCAUUCUGAUACUUCCAACAGUAAUCUAUAUACUCUGGUCCUACCUACCAUCCCCAUUCCUGCAUCAGCUCGGCAUCUACUACUAUCCCAAUCGGUGGUGGUCGCUCGCUAUUCCCGCAUGGCUGGUCAUGCUGAUCAUCUACAUAUAUGUCGCUCUGGCGUCUUAUAACACGGGUUAUCUGACCCUUCCGAUGAAUAGUAUUGAGAAUAUCGUUGACGAAGUCGCCAAUGUCGCUGUCAUUGACGGCAAAGGCCGACGACGACCGGGCGGCGCUGCCAAGAUGAAACCUGGUGCAACAUCGUAUCAGAUCAUGGGACCACAGAAUCGCAAGGUCAACUGGAAAGACAUCUGGUCCGAGGGCACGGAUGCCGUAAUGGACGUACCUGUGGGAGGAGUCUGCGAGGUUUUGUAUGGACAGGAAAGAGACGAUGGUGAAUUGAGUGACGGUCACACUGGGUUCGCACCUGGCACAGCAGAGACAUAG